AUGGCCACUACUUUGAAAAUUGCCGCUGGCCAAAUGUGCUCGUCUUCUGACUUGUCACAGAAUGCUCGAGUAGUCAAGAAACUUCUCAAAAAGGCCGUUGAAAACAACGUGAAAGUGCUUUUUCUUCCUGAAGCAGCCGACUAUCUCUCUCGAGAUGCCAGUCACUCCGUGCAAUUGGCGGAAAACUCUCACGAAAAGUUUAUUCUGGUGAUUCAGCAAGAGGUGAAGGCCUUGUAUGAGUCAGCAUCGGGUCCUGACGCCGAUAAGGGCAUUUUUGUUGCUGUCGGAGUUCAUGAGCCAGCCAAAGGAGAAAACGCAGGCAAGAAAGUACAAAACAAUCAGUUGUGGAUCUCCAAUAAGGGCGAGAUCUUGCAAAGAUAUCAGAAGCUUCAUCUUUUCGAUAUCAGCAUCACUAACGGGCCUAUUUUGAAAGAAUCCAACUCUGUGGAGCCCGGAAGUGCUAUUUUGCCACCUUUCCCCGUUAAUGACGACAAGUAUUCCAAGUUCAAGGUUGGGUUGGCCAUUUGCUAUGAUAUCCGGUUUCCCGAAUUGAGUUUGAGACUCAGAAAGUUGGGUGCAAACAUCCUCACAUAUCCCUCGGCAUUCACGACAAAAACAGGUGAGGCCCACUGGCUCGAAUUGGGACGUGCCAGAGCAAUUGACUCACAGUGUUACGUUGUGAUGGCUGCUCAAAGUGGAGAGCACAACGUGUAUGCUGACAGCGAUGUACCAGCCGACGGAAAGAAAAAGCGCGAGAGUUACGGACAAUCGGUGAUUAUCGGACCAUGGGGAGACGUUUUGGCCAAGGGAACCACUUAUUUGGAGAGAGGUGGAGUGGAUUCGGACGGAGAUUACUACGACUUGGUGGAGGCCGAGUUGGACUUGGCCACGUUGGAGAAGAUCCGGACGGACUUGCCGGUGUUUACGCAUCGGAGACCAGAGAUCUUCGGGUACGAAGUUUAG